AUGGACAGGAAAUCUCUUGGAGAAAUCAUGGAGGUCAAUGAGAAGCUUGCCGAAGCUUACAGUGAAGCUGCAACCAAAGAGAUCAAAGUCUUUGUUAGAGCUGAGCAAAAAGAAUUGACUGAAGACUUGAGCAAAUCUUUCAAACAAAGUGAUCUUCAAGCCAAGGAACUUUUAGGAAAAAUGAAAUGUUUUGCAAAUUUAGAUAAAAAAGUAAAAAUAAAGAAGACAUCAUCCUAA